AUGGCUUCUGGAGGCCAGUCACGCAUACUACUCUUUGGCGCUGGCAGCGUCGGCGCCAUCUAUCUGCACCUGCUGAGCAAGGUGGCCUCGACCGCUGCCGUGUGCCGCUCCAACUACGACGUCGUCAAGCAGCAUGGCUUCGUCAUCAACUCGACCAUUUUCGGCCACGACAUACGCUUCAAGCCUCAGGUCGUCCGCGACUGCGCAGAAGCAUCCUCGCUGUCGCCGGCGCCCUAUGACUACGUUGUUGUCUGCAGCAAGGCGAUUCCGGGUGUAGUGCCCAAGCUCAUCGCCUCUGCUGUGACGCCUGGACACACAGCCAUCGUUCUCAUUCAAAACGGAGUGGGCAUCGAGGACGAAUACCGCCACGCCUACCCCGACAAUCCCAUUGUCAGCGCCGUCUUGUAUCUUCCAGCCACCCAGCGACCAGCAGGCGUGAUUACGCAUGCCGAAGUCGAGCUCCUUCAGCUCGGAGCCUUUCCAUCGUCUUCAUCCAAUACACACGCCAAGAAGUUUGCAGACCUUGUAACAUCUGCCGGCGGCACUGCAGAGCUCCACGACGACAUUCAGUACAUGCGCUGGUCCAAGCUCCUCGUCAACGCGUCCUGGAACCCGACAUGCGCUCUUGCACGGAGUAAGGACGCCCAUGUCCUGACCGCCUCGCCAGAAGCCACUGAAGUGUUGCGCGCUGUUAUGCUGGAGAUUCGGGAUAUCGCAGCCGCAUAUGGCCAUAAUUUUACACGGGAGCUGGUCGACGUUCAGCUCAGCCGGGCGCAAGAUAGAGUUCCAAAUAAUACUGGCAUUCAGCCCAGCAUGCUUCAAGAUGUCUUGGCGGGCCGGAGGAUAGAGGUGGAAGCCAUUGUAGGCAACCCAGUCAGGCUAGCCAAAGAGAAGGGUGUCCCGUGCGUGCGACUCGAAAUGCUGUACGUACUCGCGAAAGCAUUGGACUUGCAGAUUGAGAGGACAUGAAGAUUUUAUCAUCAUUCGUCAUGCUCUGAUUGCGAUCACUUAGCGUACGAAUACCGAGUUAUUGUAGAAAUAAGCUUACAAUAGAUUAGAAUAUAGAUGGUGAAUUGAA